AUGAGAAAAGCAGCUUUAAAUAAGUUCUCCAACGCUUUCUUCCACCGUGUGAUACUUCUGUUGUUACUUGGAAUGUCUUUUUGCCUGCUUUUGUUUGUAAUGAGAAGAAGGCUUGUGAUGAAAGGAUUAACACAAACAAACAGCGGGAGAUUUGAUAUGAAUAAUAUCAGAAAUAAACCGUUUGAAGGAUUACAUGAAGAAUACAUUUUUUUCCCCUCCUCAACUCUUUCCUGGUUCCCUACAGUCUAUUCAAGUCUUCGUCCUUUCUCGAGUUCAACAACAACGAGCAAACCGACACAGGCACAAAACGAUAACUCAGCUGACAUUAACGGACAGCAACGUGAAGAAAAUCAUGUCCGGAACACAUUGCGAGACCAGUUGACGAAAACAAACCAUUCGAACACAUCAUCGUCCCUACCCAGAAAUGAGAAUUUGAAAUCAGAUGUAAAACCAAACAAAGGUGAACCUCACCGACAACUUCCAGCUAUUUCUGAAUCAGGUGAACCUACGAAAAAUAAAAGCGGAUCUAACAACAGUGACGAAGAGCAGGAUGAUGAAUACAAUACAGGUAGUGAACCAAACACAGACGGAAACAAUUCUAUAAUAGUGUAA